AUGUCCACCGCUACCGGAGCAUUCCUUGCUGGUGGUCUUGCCGCUUGUGGUGCCGUCACCCUGACACACAGCUUUGAAACUGUAAAGAUUCGAUUGCAAUUGCAAGGAGAGUUGCAGGCAAAGCAAAAUGUUGCUAGGCAAUACAAGGGUGUUUUCCACGGAAUCACCGUCAUUCUAAAGAACGAAGGUCCCCGAGGUCUACUCCGUGGCCUUGACGCAGCGUAUACAUACCAACUUCUGCUCAACGGCUGUCGUCUCUCUUUUUACGAACCGAUUCGCAAAAGUCUCACCACUUCUUUCUAUGACGACCCAAAGACCCAGUCCAUGGCUAUAAACGUUUUCUCCGGAGCCACCUCCGGCGUUAUCGGCGCUGCCGUUGCCUCGCCGUUUUUCCUAGUCAAGACAAGACUACAAUCUUACUCUCCAAUUCUUCCAGUUGGCACGCAGCACAACUACAAGGGCUCGACGGAUGGACUACGAAAGAUCUUCGCUAGCGAGGGCGUACCAGGAUUAUACCGUGGUGCUAUGGCUUCUAUGAUCCGAACGGGUUUCGGUAGCUCCGUUCAACUACCUACAUACUUCUUUGCGAAGCGAAACUUGAUACGCCAUCUUGGAAUGGAAGAGGGGCUCCCCCUUCACCUUGCCAGUAGUGCUGUCAGUGGUGUUGUGGUCUGUAUUGCUAUGCACCCUCCAGACACUAUUAUGUCCCGAAUGUAUAACCAAACCGGCAACCUGUACAAUGGCGUUUUUGACUGUGUCAAGAAGACGAUCAAGGCCGAGGGCCUGUUUGCCAUUUACAAGGGUGUCUCCGCACAUCUUGCUCGUGUAGUACCUCAUACGGUAUUGACACUGACAUUCAUGGAGCAAUGUUAUAAGAUCAUGCGUAAAGCUGAAGAUACUUUCCUUCCAGAGUCCGUAAAGGCCUGGAUAUAG